AUGCAGAAAGAGUUGGGCACUCGAGUGGAUCUUAGUACAGCCUUUCACCUUCAGACUGAUGGUCAGUCUGAGCGGACUAUUCAGGUUCUUGAGGACAUGUUGUGGGCGUGUGUGAUUGACUUUGGUGGUCACUGGGAUCAGAGAUGUCGAUCUCCAAUUGGCUGGUUUGAUGCAUUUGAGGUUAGACCAUGGGGUACAGAUUUGUUGAGGGAGUCCUUGGACAAAUUCAAGUUGAUCCAAGAUAGAAUUCUCAUGGCUCAGAGUAGGAAAAAGAGUUAUGCAGAUCGAAAGAUUCGUGAUUUAGAGUUUAUGGUUGGAGAGAGGGUUUUAUUGAAGUUUUCACCCAUGAAGGGUGUGAUGAGGUUUGGAAAGAAGGGCAAGUUGAGCCUAAGGUAUAUUGGUCCUUUCGAGAUUGUUGAGCGUAUUGAUGAGGGGCGUAUCAGUUGGCUUUGCCACCUGUGUUACUUUGAUCAGAAUUUGACUUUUGAGGAAGAGCCGAUCAUCAUUUUGGAUAGGCAAAUUCGGAAGCUAAGGUCCAAGGAGAUUGCUUCAGUAAAGGUUCAGUGGAAGCAUCGUCCAGUGAAGGAGGCUACAUGGGAGACAGAGUCAGACAUGAGGAGUAAAUAUCCUCAUCUUUUUGAGCGUUCAGGUUAG